UUUAAGCUCUAAAACCAUGCAAUAUGAGUAUAUAUGGUAUGGGGAAGAUGUCCGGACUCCGGAGUUCAAAAAAGGCGACUAGAAUAUCCAAGAUGGCGAUCUAAAAUCUAAGAUGGUGUCCCAAAAUUCAAGAUGGCGACUGUUUGAUGGAGUUUUAAGCACGAGUUGGUGGCUUUUUUCAAGAGUUUAAGGCUCAUCCAUCGAAAGCCAGAUAAACGAUGUGAUUUCUGGCGCCAUGACAUGGAUUUUUGCUAUGAAAGUGCGAUAUUCACCAACAUAUCACUUGAGUUUUGUUAAAAUGGGGUUUCGAAGGCACGAGAAGGGCGCCAUCACUGCUAGGUAGAUUAAUUAGGGUUUUUUAUAUGAUGUCAAAUGUAUUUGUUUCAUACAUUUGUCGAGUUAAACCGGGUUAUUUCAGUUGCCUCAUUGCUGAGCACUUCCCCAACGCUUUGUUGGACUGCGAAUUGCAUCCUUCAAUUAAUCUAGUAGAGGUUAUCAAAAUCUUAACAAAUGUCUAGAUAGGUUAAACAAAUAAACGUACAUUAUCAGGAAAUAUAAUCAUCAUUCGCGGUCGGAGGGAGUUCAGUGCGAUAAGUCAACUACUUCAACCUCCAUCAUGAGAUUUUCAUCUAUUGUUCUGCUAUUCUUCGGCUUGAUCAUCACAACCCACGCCAAAAGCAUCCUCAAUAUUCCAAUCGGCGAAGCAGAUGAAUCCCAAGAUGAAUCCUCACCGAUGGAAGAUAUUCAGUUCUUCCUCGGUCAACUUCAACCUAUCUGUUACAACAGGACCGGCUCCAAUGAUACGUACAAAGCCAUAGCUUCCCAUUUUUAUGCACUGCCAAUCUGUGUGCUGAUGAAUUUGGACCUCAAGGAUUUUGUGGAAGAUGCAGAGCGCUUGAACUCCGUCACUCGACAUUAUUUCUUUCCCAAGUACUGUCCCAAGCUUCGCAGUACCUUACAAUGCGUUGAACCUCUAUUAAGAGAAAUGCGCAAAUGUGGCGAUGAGGAUGACGUCUUUGUAUUGAGAGCUGUAAGUCACGCCUUGCCAGAGAUAAUCGAUUUGAUAUGUGACAAGAAUGGAGAUAUUCUGUUUGUGGAAAAUACGGACUACAACACGUGCCUAAAUGGUAUAACCGAUUAUUUCACCCAAUGCAAUGCAACAUUUUCGAAUGCAACCUAUGCGAUGGAUUCCUCCAAUUACGGUCCGGAACAGUGCGAAGAGCUAGUGAACUUUCGAAAGUGCUUGGAGAAUAAAAUGAACCUUUGCAAUGGACCCCGACUGAUGGAUGUGUUCGAUGUGCUCUACCGGGCAAUGGUCAGUGCUAGUCCGUGCAGUAAUUUCAUUAUUCUACCUGGUCAGAAGGAGGACAAUGCUGGUGAAGAUGAUGGAUCUCCAAUUCGUCAUUUCUGAUAUGUUUGUUGAGUGGCUACAACAUUAACUUUCUUUUGACUCUCAUGACAUACAAAUCUUCUCACUCAUAUAUUUAAAACUGUGUGUUCAUUUGCAGCUGUAUGAUCUUAUGAAAAUCACAUUUUUAUCAGGACUUAAAAACGGGAUUGCUUGCCUAAUGUCCACACAGCUGAAAAUUACACCUUACGUAUACAAAAAUAUUGGUCCUUUUUUAAAUAUUGAUUUUUACUAUAUCUGAACCGUUAGUGUUCCGGACGCGGUUCCGGGUGUCCCGCCGGAAGUUCCAAAUAUAAAAGUGAACCAAACCUAUGCAUGCGACGCAUCAAAUCGCGGCUUUUUCUAUAACUUGAUGAACGGUAAGCAGGAACAUAGUCUCAAACCAUAUCUGAACCGGUAAUGUUCCUGAACCGAUUCCGGGUGUCCCGCUUGAAAGGCAAAAUAUAACAGUGAACAAAACUCAUACAUGCGAAACAUUGAAUAGCGGCUUUUUCGAUAACCUGAUGAAAGGUAAGCAGGAAAAUAUUCUCAGACUAUAUUUGGACCGGUAGUGUUCCUGAACCGGUUCCGGGUGUCCCGCCGGAAGUGGCCAGAUAUAAAAGUGAACCAAACCCAUAUAUGCGACGCAUCAAAUCGCAACUCUUUAGGUGACCUGGUGGACUGUUAGCAAUCAAUAGUUUCACACCAUAUUUGCAGGGCUGUUACACGUGGCGCGGAUUUUGCGUUUUUCGCGGGUUUUGCGUUUCGCGCGGAUUUCGCGCGUUUUUGCUAAUUUCGGCGCGGAUUUUGCGGAAAUCGUUUUCAAAUGCACUUAUUUACAUUAAAUAUUUGGACAUGAUGCUCAAAUGUCACAAUCAGUAAAAAGUAAUGAACAUUUUCAAAUUAGAGUUAUGGGGCUGGGCUUUCUUGGUGAUACUGAAAGCUGUUUUUUUAUGGAAAUUGUCAAAAGAGGCCUACAGGAUAUUUUGGAGAAACAUUUGGUUGAAUUUUGUAGUCACAUUGAGAUUCUAUUAUUUCAUAAAAAAAAACAUUGGUUUUGUAGACUGUAUGUGUCGUGAGAAUCAAUCUAAUUGGUUUUCUGACACAGUAUGUCGUUAAAAUUCAGAUAUUCCUGAAAAACAAAAUACAGAUAAGACGUCCUGAAGACUUUUUUGAUUGCAUUCUUAGAAAAUUCCACGUAUUAAAGCUUGGAAAAACUCUAGUGAUUUUUUUAACAUGCAGGACUUUUUUCAUUCACUAUGGAUAAGUUUAACGGAGUUCACGGAAUUCCUGAAUCAGUUAUUUGUGGAGUUUAUGUAGAAUCGAUUUUUUUGCUAAAAUUCUGGUAGAAUUAUCCUAAAAAUACGUAAACUUCUGUUGUAAAAUUUCUCUUUGAUUUUCAGUCGGAACACUCGUUUUGAGGAGAGUUGCGUGAACGAUUAUUAAAGGGUUCCCUAGUAACCAUUAGCACUAUAUUUCGCCACUUUUGGCUCACAGGGCUAUUAAGUGGCCAAAAUAGCGCAUGUCAGCUCCUUAAUAGCAUUAUAUUCGCCUCCAGGUGAAUUAUAGUGCCUCGUGGUUACUUGGGUUUCUUGAUAGAAUUUUUUGAGGAUUUUUUUGCAGAAUACUUGUAAAAAUCGUUGAAGUUUUCGGAAUCCUAACUUGUUAAACUCUUAACUGAAUUUCCAGACAGUUUUUUUUAAAUACGUUUUAUAAAUAUAUCUCUUGAAAGUAAAGUUCAUUGGUGAUAAAAUCAAUGAAUUCCACUAGUAUGACUCUAUUUGUAUCUUUAUAAAAUAAGUUUCUGUAGAAAAUAAUCUAUGAAAUUCUUAAGAAAUUUCUGAUAAUUUUCUUUCGAUUCUCUCGAACGAUCUUUCGGUAUUUACUAGAUUUUAUUCCAGGAUUUCUACCAUAACGCUGGUUAUAAAUUGUUUCAAAACAUUCGCCAAGAAUGCUCCCUUUUCGGAAUCCUAGAGAUCAGGAAAACCUAUUCUCGUUAAAUUGCAGAUACACUGAUUGAUAAACAAUCAAAGAACGAUUGAUUCAAAACUUUUUAUUUCAAUAAAAAGAACUACCCUGUUUGCGAUAUUUUUCAAUUAGAGACGAACCAGCCAAGGGCUGAAAGUCUCUCUAAUAAAGACAAAUCAAUCAAUCAAUAUUUUUCAAUUCUUGUUUAAUGUAUAAGUUGCGUCUAAAGUUUAAAUUUAUUUUUCAGUAGAAAUGCUCUUCAUUUGGAGUACAUCAAAAGCCUGGCUUUUUAUGGGCUUCAGUCAUCAAAACCAUAUGUUUUUGUACUGGCGCGGUUUUCAAAUGGCUUGGCGCGGAUUUUGCAGUUUCCAAAUCGACGCUUUUGUAACAGCCCUGUAUUUGGGACAAACGGUAAUGUUCCGGAAUCGUUUCCGGGUGUCGCGCCGGAAGCGGUCGAAUGUAAAAGAGAACCAAACCAAUACUCGCAGCACAUCAAAUGGCUUUUUAGGUAAUCUGAUCAACGGCCUUAGAUCACACUAAGGACUACCGGUAGUGUUCCACAAAUCAAACAUUAAAUCCCUUUUUUUCAGUAACCUAAUGAACGGAUAAUAAGAAAAUAGACACAGUCCACACAAGUUACUACCGGUAGUGUAACUGGCUCCGUGUGUCCCGCCAGAAGUGGUCAAAUGUUAAAGUGAUCCAAACCCAUACAUGCGAUACAUCAAAUCGCAGCUUUUUGGGUAACCUGAUGAACAGUUAGUAAUGAAAUAGUCUCUACAUCUGGGACAACCGGUAGUGUCAUUGAAUCGGGUCCGGGUGUCCCGCUGGAAGUUAUCAAAUGUAACAGUGAAUCAAACCCAUGCAAAUGGCACAUCAAAGUGCGGCUUUUUCGAUAACCUUUUGAAGGUUAAUAAUAACAUAGUCUCAGACCGUACUGCUAGUGUUUUGGAACCAGUUCCAGUUGUCCUGCCGAAAGUGGCCAUAUGUAAAUGUUAACUAAACCCAUGUAUACGACACAAUAAAUCGUGGUUUUUCGAUUACCUGAUUAACGGUUAGCAUGAGAAUAGACUCAGACCACAUUUAAAACUACCGGUCGUGUUCCGGAAUUGCGUCCGGGUGUCCCGCUGAAAGCAUUGGUAGCUUUGACGGUAUUGCGAAAACGAACAAAAUCAACGCAAGCAAUAGCCAUGUGUAAGAGAACAAAAACCUAAAAAACCAAAGCGAUCUCAUCGAAUCACACCAUUUUAGAUUCCUGAGCAAAUCAAGAAAUUAUAUCGGGCAUCUUUCCGUGAAUAUCUUCCAUUUCUUUCGAGAUUUCUCCAGUUUUUUUUUCUGGUAUUCCCUCAGAGGUUUCAAUCUAGGCAUUGUACACUGAAUUGCUUCUGCGAUUUCUCCAAAUAUUUCAAAAUGAAACCCAAGGAACUUCAUAAUAUUAUUCCAGAACAUUUCAUCUACGGUUCCUCCUGAAUGCGCAUGUGGGAUUUCUCUAGGAACUCUUCAGGGGUUCCUUCUUGGAUUCAUGCAAGAGUUUCUUGUGGAAGUCCUUCAAACAAUCUCUGCAAUUCCAUUAAACUUGCUUAUGGGCUUCUUCAAUAUUUUUUACUAGGAUGCAUCCAAAAAUUCCACUCUAACUUCCACUAGGAAUUACUUUACGAAUAUCUCCAUGAUUUUUCUGAGAUUCCUACAGCAAUUUCCGUGAAAAUUCCUAGACAAAUUACUAAGAAAUUUUUUGACUGAAUUCCUGCGGUCGUUUUGUAUUGUAGCUAGAGAAAUUCUUGGAGCACCUUUCCGAAGGAAAUUUCCGAGGAAAUCCCUGAAGAAAUUCAUACAAAAUGAUGAGAUUCCUGGGGACAUUGAAUUACCGUAGAAAUGUCUGAAGUUUCUGGAGAAAUUGCUGGAGGAUGUUUUGUGGAAAUUCGUGGGGAAAUUUCUAAAGAAAUUCCUGAGGAAAUUUGGCAAUGGAAAUCCUGGGGAAUUUUCCGAAGGAAUCUCUCGUAGAUUGGUGAAGGAUUUUUUUGGAAAAUACCUGGAGAAGUUCCUGGGAAAUAUCCUGGAAAAUACUGAGAUAAUUCUGAAAGAAUCCCUUUCAAUUUCUUUAUGAAAACCUUGAAGGAGUUCCUGGGGAAAUAUAUAAAGAAAUACCAGAGGAAAAUUCUAGACGAAUUCAUGCCGAAAUUCCUGGGAAAUUCUUGGAGGAGUUCCUGGGAAAUUUUCUGGAGGAAUUCAUGAGGAAAUUUGUGAAGCAAUUGCUAGAGGAAUUUCUGAAAUAUUUCCUAUAGAAAUUCUGAAUAAAUUGGAGGAAGCCUUGUAAUAAUUUAAAUGGACAUUCUCGAAUGAAUCUCUAUGGAAUUCUUGAAGGAAUUUCUGGGGAUAUUCAUAAAGAAACUCUUGGAGAAAUUUCUUAAACAAUUACUGGAAUUUUUUGUAGGCAAUUUGGGAUAGGGGAGAGGAGUAAUUUUAGAAAUUAUUUCUGAAGAAUUUUCCGAAAAAGUUCUUGAAAAAAAUCCUCAGGAAAUUUAUGAAGAAAGUUCUUUGAAAAUGUCUAGUGGAAUUCCUGGUGAAAUCCCUAGAGCUAUCCUGAGGAAAUUAAUAGGACCUUCUGAAAUUCAUAAUGGAAAUCCUGGAGAAAUUCCUACAGUAAUUAUUGAAGAAGUUUCUGAAGAAGUUUCUGGGGAAAUUCCUGAAGGAGUUUCAGGGUAAUUUUCUGGAGGAAUUUUUCGGGAUAUUUCUUAAAGAAUUCCUGUAGAAUUUCCAGGCAUAUUUUUAAAAAUAAAUCCAGGGGAAAUUUCUGAAGAAACCUUUUUGCACAUUCUUGUGAGGAUUUUUGGGGAAAUUUCUUAAUAAUUCUUUAAGGAAAUUUCCGAAAAUUCCUGGAGGAAUCUCGGAAAAACUUUUGUUAUUUCUGGAAAUACUCCUAUAGAAAUUCCUUAGAAAUUUCUUGGAGAAAUUCCUGAGAAACUGCCUUAAAAAAUUAUUGAGGCAUAUCAGAAAGAAUUUCUUUUGAAAUCCCCAAUAGAAAUCAUGAGGAAAUUCCUGAAGGAUUUUCUGGGAAAUACAUGAAGGCAUUACUGGAGCACCUCCUGAGGAAAUUUUCGACUGAAUUGCUGGAGAAAUUCUCGGAGGAGCUCCUGGGGAAAUUUCUUAAAGAAUUCCAAGGAAAAUUUUCAGAGCAACUCCUGAAAAUUUUUCGUAGAAAAUUAAUCUCAGAAGAGGAUAAGUGCCAGCCGCUAUCGGGGGACAGAGCAGCUGACGAAAAAUUGCAAAUGCCGGGGCUGGGAUCAAACCCAAGAGCAUGCACAUAUGAAGUGAACGUGUGAUCACUACGCCACGGGCACCAGCAAAUCCGACAGAAUUCAUGAGAAAGUUUUAGGAGCAGAUUCUAGAUAAUGUUGUGACAUAAAUCCUGGGGGAAUUCCUGGAUGAAUCAGUGGAGAAUUCUUGGAGGUAUUUCUAGGAAAUUUCUUGGAGGAAUAUCUGAAAAACUUCCUGAAACAAAUUCCUUGGAAAAUUCAAAAAUAAAUCUUUUUGAUACAUAUUAUUAAUGGAAAUUCUAAGGAAAUUGCUAGAGGAAUUACAGAGGAAACUUCUGAAUAAGUUUCUGAAGAAGUCCUGGAGCAAAUUCUUGGAAAACUUCUGGAGAAAUAUCUAGAAAAAUUCCUGGGGAUAUUUAUGACAGAAUAUUUGG